AUGGAUUCCCAGGAGGAGGACUUUGGCCUUUCAGGCACAUGGACCUACCUGUACUUUGGAUGCAUGGGGCUGUGUUCUGUGCUAAUCCUCUGCUGCAUGAUGUUUCUCCAUUGGAGAAAGAAGGUGCGGCGGGAGCAGCAUGCCCAGCAAUGGGUGGAGGUAAUGAAGGCUGCCAACUUCACUUACUCUCCACACCUCUAUUGGAUAAACAAGAGGCGGCAUUGUGGUUUGAAUGCGGCUAUCACCAUAACCCCUCCCGAGGCAGUUACCAACCCUGAGUUUAAAGUGGACAUUCCGGAUUCGACGUGGGAGUCAGACACCUCUGAAGGUGAUGGUUAUGCCUCCAGAGGAAGCAGCUCCCCCCCACAGUCCCCUGUUCUGCGUCAACCUGCUCUGGUGGUCCCAGAGCGGCCCCUGUCUAUUCGCACGCCACAGCGCCGGAUCAGAUCCCCACUCCCAAUUCCCACCUUUCGGGAGAGACCCGUUACCCCACCCCUCCGCAACCCAGCUCCGCGGCUUCACCACUCUGCCUCCUACCUUUUGGAAGUCUGUCCUCAAAGGAACGUGCACUUCUAUUCCCUCCCCACGCUGGACUAUGUGGUGAACUGUUCCAGUGAGAAGCCGUUUGCGCCAGACCCUCAGCUUCCUCUCACUGAAGGUGGGAGCUUCAGGGGCGAGGACUAA